AGCAACCUACUCGGCUGGUCUCUGCAGCACUGUACUGAGCAGUCAGCAGCAGCGGAGGGACAGACAUGGUGGUGCUGAGGUUAUGGAGCUGGGCUCCCCUGGGGCCUCUCCUCUCCCUGUUCUUUUCUACCAGCAUGGCGUACAUUGCUACCAGAGAUAACUGCUGCAUCUUAGAUGAACGAUUUGGUAGUUACUGCCCAACGACCUGUGGUAUUACAGAUUUCUUCAAUAAAUACCAUCUUACUAUGGAUAAUGAACUGCAGGAAAUGGAGGUAAUUUUGCGGCAAAUUAGUAACAGCACAGGAACAGCAGAACAUUUGAUUCAACACAUCCAAAGCCUUUAUCCUCCAGAGAAGCAGACAUUACCAAAUUCAAUUGAUGAUUUUACUAAAAAGUCCAAGAAAAUAAUUGAAGAAAUUAUCAGAUAUGAAAACACUAUUUUGUCUCAUGAAAAUACUAUACAACAGUUGACAGACACACAUAUAUUGAACAGCAACAAGAUUGCACAGCUGAAACAGAAGAUUGCCCAGCUUGAGUCACACUGUCAGGAGCCAUGUAAAGACACAGCUGAAAUACAGGAAACAACUGGAAGAGAUUGUCAAGACAUUGCAAAUAAAGGUGCCAGAAAAAGUGGUCUUUACUUUAUCAAGCCUCAAAAAGCCAAGCAAUCAUUCCUAGUCUACUGUGAGAUUGACUCAUAUGGCAAUGGCUGGACAGUGUUACAGAGGAGACUGGAUGGGAGUGAGGACUUCAGAAAAAAUUGGAUUCAGUACAAGGAAGGAUUUGGACAUCUGUCUCCGGAUGACACCACUGAGUUCUGGCUUGGCAAUGAAAAGAUUCAUUUAAUAACUACGCAGUCCACUCUGCCGUACACCUUACGAAUAGAACUGGAGGACUGGAGUGGCAAAAAAAGCACUGCUGACUAUGCUGUAUUCAAAGUGGGCAGUGAAGAAGACAAGUAUCGACUGACUUAUGCCUACUUUAUCGGUGGUGAAGCUGGGGAUGCCUUUGAUGGCUUUGAUUUUGGAGAUGAUCCAAGUGACAAGUCCUUUACUUAUCAUAAUGGCAUGCGGUUCAGUACCUAUGAUAACGACAAUGAUAACUUCGCUGGCAACUGUGCUGAGCAAGAUGGAUCUGGAUGGUGGAUGAAUAGGUGUCAUGCUGCCCACCUCAAUGGCAAAUAUUAUAUAGACGGUGUGUACACAUCGGAAGAUGCUGGUCCAUCUGGAUAUGACAAUGGAAUUAUCUGGGCAACCUGGCGUAACCGGUGGUACUCCAUGAAGAAAACUGCAAUGAAAAUCAUCCCGUUCAACAGACUAUCAGUAGAUGGACAGCAGCACAACCUCGGCAGCGCCAAACAGGUUCAACCACAGGGACGAGGGGAUAUUUAAAAUUACAACAGAACACAGUUAUUGUUUCAAACACUGAACAUGGGCAGCUGGAGUGUUAAGCCCACUGCAUCGUAGAGAAGUUGGCUUUGUUUACCAUUUUGUCACAUAAAUGUUUGCACUUUGAUUUUCAUAUACCUUCCACAUUACUGUUUCCUUUAACAGAUAGGUAAAUGGGUAGUCUUGUGAUUAGAAAUAAUCCUUUGUAUUCAUGUGUUGUAAAUGAUACAUUUUAAAUCUCCAACUAGUGUAUCUAUGUAUGAACACUAUCAACAUGUCAUCAUAGCCUUAUGUACUUCUUUCUUUAGAAGAACAUUAAAAUGCUCUCUUUUUUUCUGUUGUAGGUUGGAGACUCCUAAAGGGACAAUUUCACAAAGAGUGGUCUGAACAGGGAAAACAAAUAUUUUAUCUCUUAGGCACUGAGCUUACCUAACAUUACACAGUUCAGUUUUUACUAUAAAACACCAUUGACUGUAAAAUGCCCAAGCCUCUUCCCUGAGCAGUGCUUACCUCUGUACAUGGUUAUUUUUUUUUCUGUACAAAUUCUCAAUAAAUUUUUAUAAUUACAAAAAA